CAACGACUGAUGAAAUUACACACACUCAGAACCAGUCGGAGACACUUCUAUAUUUGCAUGGUGUCAUUGCAUCUUACACGUAAGAUCAGCAAGAAGGUCUUUGCCGUGUGCGCUCAUGCCAUUCCAUGGUUCCGCCCACAGAUACCGCUUCGCAGCCGUGAGACCCAGAACAUCUGGCAUUCCGAUGCUGCCGCUCAGGGACGAUCGAGACCCAGUGCAGCUGGAGGCGGGUGCUUGCUUGACCCAAUCGUUCUGUCCAAGUCAGCGAUCGCCACGAUCCUGCCUUUGUGCUCCUGCGUGAUUAUUUCCUCUUUCUUAUCUCCAGAGGUAAUCGAUUACCCAAACAGAAAAGCAACCUAGCGUCGUGAUUUACACUUGUAGUAACCAGGUGGAUCCUCCGAAUCAAUUUCUAAGCCGAUCCGCGAAGCGGGACCUGCAGGCUUCUGGAAUCAAUGGC